AUGUGCAUAUUAUUAUUUUUAAUCCUUUUUACAGAAUGGGUAUCGACUAACAUUCGGCCAGAAACUUUUAAUCUCCAAUCAACUCUUAAUAGUGGUCAGGCCUUCAGAUGGGUCGAGAUUUCCGAGACUCAGGAAUUUGUCGGUAUCAUAGAAGGACGUGUGUGGCGCCUUCAGCAACUUACUCCGGAUGUUUCCGUAUCCUUUCAUGGUAAAUGUGCCACGCUUCAGGAGCUAGAGGACUUUCGCUCCCAUGGGCAACUUCCUCCUCCACUUGUUUCCUAUUUUCGUCUUGAUUCCCACUUUGACGAUCUUUUCAAUUCUUGGAUAAACCAGGAUUUACUUCUCCGCGAGUUUUUUCACUCUUCUCUUUCUUCUGAAGAUAGAAACCGAUUUAAGGGUCUUCGUCUCCUUAAUCAAGAUCCUAGGGAGACCAUAUUCGCGUUCAUUACGUCGGCAAAUAAUAAUGUUUCUCGUAUCAGUAAACUCCUUAAAGCAUUAAGUGCACGCUAUGGUAAGGAGCUUUGGUCAAGUGGGAAAGUCUCUAUUUAUUCCUUCCCUUCGCUUGAGUCUCUUUCUCGUACAUGCAUCGAACCAGAACUUCGUGAUAUUGGAUUUGGUUAUCGGUCAAAAUUCAUUCCUGGGGUGGCGAGCAAGCUGAUGACUGCAGGUGGUGAUGAAUUCCUCGAAAAUCUUCGAAACUCUUCCUAUGAAGAGUGUAAAAACUUUCUUCUUCAGCUUCCAGGUGUCGGAAAUAAGGUUGCUGAUUGUAUCUGUCUCUCGUCUCUAAAUAAAGUGGAGGUUGUCCCCGUGGACAUACAUAUUCUUCGAGCAGCGGCGUUGCGAGGAAUCCACCCACCCACCCCCUCUUCCACCUUAACUGACAAGACUUAUCGACAUAUUUCCCAACGUCUGUCCCAGCUCUGGCAACCCUAUGCUGGCUGGGCACAGGUUAUUGUCUUCUCCAUUCACCUGCAUCGCCAGUCUACGGGGGCUAAACUGCUUAAGUUGAAUUCCCGCAAAAGAACCAAGGACGACAGUGAAGGUGGAAAAAACCAAAGGAGAAAUGUGUCCAGUGAAUUAUCGUCUAUCAGUCUCUCUGUCGACAAUUCAAAUGUACCCGUUUCUCGGCAAAAACGGAAUAGAUUUAAGUGA